AAAACGGGCAUUUCCUCGCCCCGCCCCCAGGCAAAGGGCCGCAAAGAAGUGAAACUCCGUGAGUCAGCGCGGCUGGCAAGCGGGGCCGCCCGGAGAGGCGCCGCCCUCGGCCGCGGACCAGGUGCCCUUGGAGGACCGGGAGGUGCGGCGGGGGCGGAGUCGCCGCCCGCCGGCCUCGGCAUUUCCCCCCGGCCCGGCGGCCUGGACGGCGCGGCGGGCGGCCCUGGGUCAUGGCCGGCGGGGCGGCGCCCCGGGGUGCCGAGCUGCUGGCCUUCGCGCGGUUCCGGGAGUCGAGCAAGCAGCCGCUCGCCUAUGGCUAUGGCCCGGGCAGCCUGCGGGAGCUGCGCCAGCGGGAAUUCAGCCGCCUGGCAGGAACUGUCUACCUUGACCAUGCAGGAGCCACACUGUUCCCCCAGAGUCAGCUCACGAGCUUCACUAAUGAUCUCAUGGAAAAUGUUUAUGGUAAUCCUCACAGCCAGAGCAUCAGCAGCGGGCUCACCCACGAAACCGUGGAGCACAUACGCUACAGGAUUCUGGCGCACUUCCACACCUCCCUGGAGGACUACAGCGUGAUUUUCACGGCAGGGAGCACGGCUGCUCUUAAGCUGGUGGCAGAGGCCUUCCCGUGGGUGUCCCCGGGCCCGGAGAGCAGUGGGAGCCGCUUCUGUUACCUCACCGACAGCCACACCUCCGUGGUGGGCAUGAGGAAGGUCACCAUGGCCAUGAACGUCACCUCCGUCCCGGUCAGGCCAGAGGACAUGUGGUCGGCGGAGACGCAGGACGCGGCCGCCCGUGACCCCGACUGCCAGCUUCCUCAUCUGUUUUGUUACCCCGCGCAGAGUAACUUUUCCGGAACCAGAUACCCCCUGUCCUGGAUACGAGAGGUCAAGGCCGGGCGGAGGUGCCCUGUGAGCGUGCCUGGGAAGUGGUUCGUGCUGCUCGAUGCAGCCUCCUACGUGAGCACCUCCCCUUUGGACCUGUCGGUUCACCAGGCCGACUUUGUCCCCCUCUCCUUCUAUAAGAUCUUUGGAUUCCCUACCGGCCUGGGCGCUCUGCUGGUGAAUAAUCGUGUGGCUCCUCUGCUGAAGAAAACCUACUUUGGAGGGGGCACAGCCGCGGCCUACCUUGCAGGAGAAGACUUCUAUAUCCCGAGACGCUCGGUGGCUGAAAGGUUUGAAGAUGGCACCAUCUCGUUCCUUGAUGUGAUAGCACUAAAACAUGGAUUUGAUGCUCUAGAGCGCCUCACAGGUGGAAUGGAGAAUAUAAAGCAGCACACCUUCACCUUGGCUCAGUACACCUACACUGCCCUGUCUGCCCUCCGGUACCCCAGUGGAGCCCCUGUGGUGCGGAUUUACAGCGACUCUGAAUUCAGCAGCCCGGAGGUCCAGGGUCCGGUCAUCAAUUUUAACGUGCUCGACCCCAGUGGGAACAUCAUUGGUUAUUCCCAGGUGGAUAAAAUGGCCAGUCUUUACAACAUCCACUUGCGAACUGGCUGCUUCUGCAACAUGGGGGCCUGUCAGAGGCACCUGGGGAUAAGCGACGAGAUGGUCAAGAAGCAUCUUCAGGCUGGUCAUGUCUGUGGAGACAAUGUGGACCUCAUAGAGGGGCAGCCUACAGGGUCUGUGAGGAUUUCCUUUGGAUAUAUGUCUACACUUGAGGAUGCCCAGGCUUUUCUCAGGUUCAUCAUAGCAAUGCAACUGCACAGGUCUGAUGGACAGCCCCUCCCUCAGACCACCGCUGGGGAGGCUGGAGCCCCGUCAGAGAGCGAGGCUCAGGACGCCGUGCCGGCCACCACGGACAGAUGUAGUUCCUCACCUCAGGAAGAGGCCCCCACAGCCUCUAGGGUUUGCAACGACUUGCCGAGCACUGUGGAUGCAGGUGGUUCGCACUCACCUCCACUGAUGGCCACCGGGACCCAGCAGACCCCUUCAGAGAAAGCUGUAGGAGUCCUGGAUGGGGGCCUUGGGCCACAUGUCAUCACCAACCUUUACCUCUACCCGAUCAAAUCCUGUGCUGCAUUUGAGGUGACCAAGUGGCCCCUAGGAAAGCAAGGGCUGCUGUAUGACCGGAGCUGGAUGGUUGUGAACCACAAUGGUGUGUGUCUGAGUCAGAAGCAGGAGGCCCGGCUCUGCCUGAUCAAGCCCUUCAUUGACCUGCAGCAGAAGAUCAUGGUCAUCAAAGCCAAAGGGAUGGAGCCUAUAGAGGUGCCUCUUGAGGAAGACGGUGAACAGGCUCAGAUUUGCCAAAGCAAGGUCUGUGCGGACAGGGUCAAUACUUAUAAUUGUGGACAAAAAAUUUCGAGCUGGUUGUCAAGGUUUUUUGGCCGUCCAUGUCAACUGAUAAAACAAAGUUCAGACUUUCAAAGAAGUGCAAAGAGACGGGGCAAAGAUCAGUCUGUGGGUCCAACAGCCACCCUUUCUCUGGUGAAUGAAGCACAGUAUUUGCUGAUAAACAGAUCCAGUGUUUUGGAGCUCCAGCAGCAAUUAAAUGCCAGUGAUGAGCAUGGAAAGGAAGAAUUAUUCCCAAUGAAAGACCUCAUCUCACGGUUCCGUGCCAAUAUUAUUACCAGUGGAACAAGGGCUUUUGAAGAAGAGAAGUGGGAUGGGAUUUCAAUUGGUUCCUUGCAUUUCCAGAAUGCUGUGUCUGUGAGAACUUCAUCCUGUUGGAACCCAGUGGACUUUCCUGGUGCUUGUGGAGGAGGACCCAGACGCCUAGCGGUCCUCGGUGCCCAUGGCCACUCCACCUUCUUCCCUCGCUCUGCCUUCUGGCCUCACUGGCCCUUGUAGAGGAGCUUGUCAUCAGAGGCAAAGCCCGGGCUGCCCUCUCUCCCCAACCUCUGAGCUCCCCAAAUCAUGUGGUAGGCCUGAACGAUGGGAGGAAGUCUUAGGCUAAAACCUGCAUUCUUGGGCGCCUGGGUGGCUCAGUCGUUAAGCGUCUGCCUUCGGCUCAGGUCAUGAUCCCAGGGUCCUGGGAU